AAGGUCUGUUUGCGGGUGAGUGCGUGCAAUUCGAGACAGUACCGGUGGAAAGAAGUUCGAAAUGCAGUGCCUAUUAGUCUUCGCCGUAUUACUUGUCGUCUUACAAGUGACGCUUUCAACACCGAGAAAGCCUGAAGAUGAGCUACGCGGUAUAGUUAGACAACUAGAGGAUUUGGUAGCCAGAGGACGGAAUGGAAAACCCCGCCCUACACCUGUCACCGAGGACAAGAACCCCUCCGGACCACGUGGACCUACUGAUAAAGACGGCGAUUCGUCCUCCAGGAAAUAUGACAGGAUGAUCAAAAUGUUUUAUAGACUUCUAAAACCAUACUUCGGAACCUUUCCAAGCGGGAAUUAUACAUCGGAUGUAACGGUUGACAAAAUUGUGGAAAUGAUGAACGAAUGGUACAAGAAAAUGCCCUGGGAUAAACCCAUUCCAAUGACAUUCAGAAAACGGGCUUUCUUCAACAUGGCUAGAAUUCUAUUGCGCGCCCAUUUCCAAUGCGCAACGGCAAAGAUCAAUCAAAUAAUAUUUUACGUUUUGAAGUCCCAAGAGCGUGCAAUGACUUUGAACGACAAGAGUAUGUUUCAAAAUGUCAGAACGAUCCUGGAAAGUUGGAUAACCAGCACGAGGAGGCUUGACCGAACCAGCAGAAGGAUUGUGGGAGCGGCCCACGGGCAUGUCUUUGGAGAAAUUAUGGGUCACAUCAAAUACUUCCAGUUUAAAGAUAUCAUGGAAUUUUUCGGAAAAGUAAAACCCUUCCUCAGAAGAGCUAUAAGUGAGAAGUGGGAUGUUUCCAAGUUUGAUCAGGAAUUGAGAAACUUGCUGUCUGAUUUCAAUUUCGGAUGUCCUAGCCUGGAUGAUCUUUGGGAAUUCCAUCGCAAACUCGCCACCUCUUUCAAAGAAAGGUUCACAAACGACACGCAUUACAAAGAAGCGGAGCAGUGGCUGACCAUCAAUAUUCCGAGGUUUAUCCCAUCUGAUACCGACCCAGCCCCUAUAAUUCAAGAUCUACUCCAAGUCUACACCGGGUAUGUUAGUGCGGCAGUCCAGAACUUCGAACAGGUGGAAACCCAUAUGAUCACCGGAAACACGGACGACAUCAUGAACUACAUGGCUACCUUCCUCAGUCCAGACCAACUUCAAUAUCUGAGGACUCUCUUUGAAUUCAUGAACACUGCGGAUACGUACGGCGGAAACAUGAACUUGGACGAUUCGCCUUAUUCAGUGGAUGAAGAUUAAUUUGCAUUGGACAAUGUACGUUUUUGUGAAGACUGGCAAUAGGAACCGCAGUUCUCUCU